UAAUUUUGUCUCUCAAUCCACGCUAUAAAAUGGCAGUCCCAAACGGACAUAAAUUCCCAUGUAAUUUAACCAGCUUGAUCAGAGAAGAUGGCCAGCGGUGGCGCCACCGCCCUAGCCCCGCCGCCGGGUUACAGACCCUACCGUCACCUGAAGACCCUGACCGGCCACUCCAGUGCCGUCUCCUGCGUCAAGUUCUCCAACGACGGCACCCUCGUCGCCUCCGCCUCCCUCGACAAAACCCUAAUCAUCUGGUCCUCCUCCACCCUCUCCCUCCUCCACCGCCUCGUCGGCCACUCCGAGGGCGUCUCUGACCUCACCUGGUCCUCCGAUUCCCACUACAUCUGCUCCGCCUCCGACGACCGCACCCUCCGCAUCUGGUCCUCCCGAUCCCCCUUCGACUGCCUCAAGACCCUCCGGGGCCACACCGACUUCGUCUUCUGCGUCAACUUCAACCCCCAGUCCAGCCUCAUCGUCUCCGGAUCGUUCGACGAGACGAUACGCAUCUGGGAGGUCAAGACCGGCAAGUGCCUCAACGUGAUCAGGGCUCACUCCAUGCCCGUGACGUCCGUGCACUUCAACCGCGACGGCUCGCUCAUUGUUUCGGGGAGUCACGACGGCUCGUGCAAGAUCUGGGACACCAAGAACGGGGCUUGCUUGAAGACGCUGAUCGAUGAUACAGUGCCCGCUGUUUCUUUCGCCAAGUUCUCGCCGAACGGCAAGUUCAUUCUCGUCGCCACUCUCAAUGACACACUCAAGCUGUGGAACUACGCAACCGGGAAGUUCUUGAAGAUUUAUGCUGGUCAUAAGAACAGUGUCUACUGUUUGACUUCUACAUUCUCUGUUACAAAUGGAAAGUACAUUGUUAGUGGUUCGGAGGAUCGGUGCAUCUGCAUAUGGGAUCUCCAAGGGAAGAACCUAAUUCAGAAACUCGAAGGCCACUCUGAUACAGUCAUUUCUGUCACGUGCCAUCCGACGGAGAACAAGAUUGCAUCUGCUGGCCUUGAUUCUGAUAGAACUGUGAGAAUUUGGGUUCAAGAUGCUUAACUGCAUAGGCUGUGAUGUAUAGAUAUGAGAGUCGCCCAUAGAAGUUCAUGGGUUUCAUGGCACACAGAGACGAUUCUGGUGGCUUCCAUGAAAUAAAAGCACUGGGUUUUACUGAUCUAGCUUUAGGGAAGCAAAUUUGUCUUUGAGGAGCAAAGAUGCUGGUAGUCUUGCUUUGAAUUAGUUUCCUGGUUCAAAGCUUCAAGUCUUCUGAAGAUUCUAAAUUCAUUCAUUUGCUUUCGCAUGUCAAUUGAUAAUCAGGGCUAUGUACCUUAACAUAUUUUCGGGUUCUUUAUCAAAUUGUUGAUGUUGCAUUCAUGGACAAUUGUUAAACUUAUUCUGUGCU